UUCUUCUCCGACAGCUGUCGGGUCUUUCCGGGGCGGGUUCGGGCCGUUCCGGCGGCGUUCGGGCCUUUUCCCAGGCUGCCUCCGGGCCGGAAAGAAGGAACGGGCUGAAGGCGAGCGGCGGCGGAUGGAGGCGGCGGGGAGGCUCUGGGUCUGGAGGAGCAGCAUGCCACGCGGCUCCUGGCUGGAAACGCUCCGUGCUUUUGCCCUGCGGACUCCAGGAAACCUUCUUUUUUGGUGAACUGAACCCUGCCCUCCUUUUUUCUUUGCUGCAUGCCCACUCACGAGUGCUGGAUUAUGUUUGUCUCCUUCUCCCUUUGCUCCAUAAUUUGGCUGAACCGCGGUUUCAAGCUGAGGAAAAGGGGCUGCACCUAAGCAAGCCGGGGCACUGGGACCGGGCUCCCGAGGUGCUGGUUUGUGCAGAGACGUUCAGACUGCUGAUGGGGGAGAGCUGCCCCUGAGGUCUCUCCUCUCCCGCCCAAAGGACGCUGCCUCACUGUUCGGAGCCGUCUCCUCAUGGCAGAGAGAAUGGGCAGCACCGACGGCUUCCAGUACCGUGCGCUCUAUCCGUACCGCAAGGAGCGCGAGGAGGACAUUGACCUGGUGCCUGGGGACAUCCUGGUGGUGAGCAAGGGAGCCCUGCAAGCCUUGGGCUUCAAAGAUGGGGACGAGCAGAACCCAAACCAGAUCGGGUGGAUCCUGGGUGUCAAUGAGAGGACCAAGCAGAAGGGCGACUUCCCCGGCACGUACGUGGAGUACGUGGGGCCCGUGAAGAUCUCCGUCCCUUCGCACCGGCCCCGAGUGCAGAGACCCCUGCCUGCAACACCAGGAGCCAGUGGCUGCCGACUGCAGGAGGCUCUUGAGCAAGGGUCUCCUCUCCCUGAACUUCAGGAGCAGUUCAGCCCUCCAGAGGUUGCACCUCCACUGCUGGUGAAGCUGGUGGAAGCCAUUGAGAAGAAAGGGUUAGACAGCGAGAUGUUAUACAGGACAUCUGGCUCCGAACUGAGGCAAGCUCUAAGAACCGAUUGGAGCCUGGGUGACCUGGAGCCCUUUGACGUGCACUCCCUGGGCGAAGCGCUGCGAGGCUACCUGCAGGACCUGCCCUCCCCUGUGGUGCCAGUGUCUGUGCAUGGAGACAUCCUUCGCAUCCUGCAGGAGAUCCCCCAGCCAGAGAAUUGCCGGAAACAGCUGCUGCUGGCCUUGGAGUCGCCUGCAAUCCCACUCCAGAACACACUCACCCUACAGUUCCUGCUCCGGCAUCUGGGGAAGGUAUCGCAGCAGGCCGAGAGCAACAGCCUCCACCCUCAGGCCCUGGGAGAGAUCUUUGGCCCCCUUCUCCUGCGGCUGCCCGGCGCCAGCCCGGAGCUGAGUCCUGACUUCUCUGUGCUUUUUCUGGAGAUGCUUCUGCAGACGAAGGAGUUGGAGCCAGAACAGUUGCCUCCAGCAUUGCCUCCAAAACCACCCAAGCCAAAGCCCAGUGCAGCCAGCCUGGCCAACGGGAACAGUGUGCCCUUGCAGGACGCCGAGUGGUACUGGGGGGACAUUUCCCGGGAGGAAGUGAAUGAGAAGCUUCGGGACACACCAGACGGUACCUUCCUGGUGCGCGAUGCCUCCAGCAAGAUCCAGGGGGAGUACACACUCACACUCAGGAAAGGAGGCAAUAACAAGCUGAUCAAGAUCUUUCACCGGGAAGGGAAGUAUGGCUUCUCAGAACCCCUGACUUUUGGCUCAGUGGUGGAGCUCAUCACACAUUACAGACAUGAGUCGCUUGCCCAGUACAACGCCAAGCUGGACACCAGGCUGCUCUACCCCAUCUCCAAGUACCAGCAGGACCAAGUGGUAAAGGAGGACAGUGUGGAAGCUGUAGGGGAACAGCUGAAGGUCUAUCACCAGCAGUACCAGGACAAGAGCUGGGAGUAUGAUCUGCUGUAUGAGGAGUACACCCGCACUUCCCAGGAGCUGCAGAUGAAGAGGACAGCGAUUGAAGCCUUUAACGAAACGAUCAAGAUCUUUGAGGAGCAGUGUCAGACACAGGAGAAGUGCAGCAAGGAGUACAUCGAGCGCUUCCGACGAGAGGGCAACGAGAAGGAGGUGCAGCGGAUCCUCAUGAACUCAGAGAAGCUCAAGUCUCGCAUCACAGAGAUCCACGACAGCAAGAUGAAGCUGGAGCAGGACCUGAAGAAACAGGCCUCGGAAAACCGGGAGAUCGACAAGCGCAUGAACAGCCUCAAGCCAGACCUCAUGCAGCUGCGCAAACUGCGGGACCAGUACUUGGUGUGGCUGACGCAGAAGGGCGCCCGGCAGAAGAAAAUCAACGAGUGGCUGGGUAUCAAGAACGAGACGGAGGAUCAGUACUCCAUGAUGGAUGACGAGGAGGAGCUGCCCCACCACGAGGAGCGGACGUGGUACGUGGGGAAGAUCAACCGCUUGCAGGCAGAGGAGAUGCUGUGUGGCAAACGGGACGGCACCUUCCUGAUCCGUGAGAGCAGCCAGAAGGGGUGCUACGCCUGCUCCGUGGUGGUGGAUGGUGACACCAAGCACUGCGUGAUCUACAAGACAGCGACUGGCUAUGGGUUUGCAGAGCCCUACAACCUGUACGCCUCCCUCAAGGACCUGGUCUUGCACUACAAGCACACGUCCCUGGUGCAGCACAAUGACUCCCUGAAUGUCACGCUGGCUCACCCGGUCCUUUCCCAGCCACCAGCCAGAUGAACACACCGUGCACAACACAACAGCUGCCUUCAGCUUCUCCCCAGAGCGCUGCUUUCUGGCUCUGGACUCUUGCACCCUGUAUAGUUGAGUCUCUGUGCUCCUGCCCCUCCAGAGCAUCUGAGAUGUCUGUGACCGUUCCCGGUGUCCCUUUUGGUCAGUAGCUGAAACCCGUGUUGGCUGAUGGGACAAAAAGGCUGGAAUGUCGACUCGCAGCGGCCUCCAGCCCUUACGAGGUGGGAUCUAGUUGUGAUUGAAUUGCUGUGGAUGAACGCAGCCCCCUCCCCUUCCCCAACAAACAGGUCAGAUCACCUUUUUGCUGGCAGGUUGCCCCGCUAUGCAUCACCGUAGAGCUAGAUCCCAAUUCCUCUGCACUGUGGUGUCAUUCCCUGCCCAGCUGAGCAGCACUGGCACGUUCUGAGCGAGGGGAUCUGCUGGAUCCUGGAGGAGGAGGAGGAGCCUCCGCUGAGCAUGCGUCCUCCACUCUCACUUCCCCCUUCCCUCGGUGACUUUGCAGGUGGGGGUGGGAGCUGCUGUGUGGUACGAGGGGUGCUGCUCUUCUGUGCAGAGACUCAUUUCAAAAAGAAGGCGGUGUCCUCCAUGGGGCAGCGGGUCUGAUGGGAGGAGGGCUUCUUGGCGAGGUCCCCACGCCAUCCUGUGCCCCAUCUCGCUGUCUUGUUCCCUGGUGUCAUAGCCACCUCUGUAGUGUUGCUGUCUGGGGAGGGAGGAUGUGGUUUGUGACGAAUCUCUCACCUUAGUUGUGCCAACUAAGCUGUGAAGUCCGUGUUGGUACCCGUGUUUUUCCCGGCAGAAUCCGUGGGAUGCACAGCUCUUUGUUUCUGGUUGUCUUUGGUGAAUCUCUGCGAGUGUAACCCGUUGAAGCUGACUGUAGCUCUGUAAAUACGGUUCUUUUUGUCA